UUUCAUACGAGGGAGAUCAUAUACUCUCUCUCUUAAAAAGUUGACGAGGAGGAGAAGAAGUAGGAGGAGAACGAAUAUGAAACUGAGGAGGAGAUGGUGGUGGUGGUGAUGGUGGUGGUGGUGGUAAAGGAGGGAAAUUUUGAAACAAGGAAUAGGAGGUAGAGAGUAAAGGGCAUGUCUGCUUCUCUCUCUCUCUCUCUCUCUCUCUCUCUCUCUCUCUCUCUCUCUCUCUCUCUCUCUCUCUCUCUCUCUCUCUCUCCGUGCAUAUAAGACAUUCCAUAAUCUAUGCAUUUCUCUCACUCACCACCUGUGUCUUCCUUGUCCACGGAAAGUAACCCCCUUCAUCUAGGCUUCUCCUCCUCCCCCCAUUCCCUCUCCCCUACUCCCCGUACUCCCCCUUCCCUGACGCCCCACUCUCUCCCUCACUGAGCCUUCCUUUCCCAUUGUAUAUUUAAAAGACAUGACACUACCGCAGCUCACUCUCUCCUCGUCACUCCUCACCGCCUGACAUGGUUCGCUUCCUCCUCAUUUGGGCAGGCGUGGCGGCGGCGGCGGCGGUGAAAGUGCUGGUGCUGCAGGAGGACGGGGUGAUGACUAACCAGUCGUGGGCUCAGAGCUCCGUCACCACCACGCCCUCGCCCUCCGCCUCCGCCUGCAUCAGAUUCAAGGUUUUCUUCUUCCGCCCUCUCACCCACGUGUUCUCCCUCACAUCGAAGGAGGAAAGUAGGGAGAUUAACGGAGAGAUCUUCGUGGACUACGUGCGGCCCAUCGUGUCCGCCGCCUUCUACUUCCUGGGCAUCUCGCAGCCACUGCAGGUACUCACUUGGUACCACUACUGCCUCACCUAUAACCACACCGCGGCGCAGAUCUCCGCUUACCUGGACGGCUACCUGCAGGGCGUCAUUUCCAGGAACACCUCUAGGUGGUUCGCCGAGGCCACUCUGGUGCUGGGCCAGUAUAGCCUCGAGUACCUGAGCAGCUACACAGAGCAGCGCAGCUUCAGUGGACAGCUGACGCACGUGGGCGUGUGGGGCCGCACCCUGACGGGGUCGGAGGUGGCUCAGAUGGCGGACUGCGGUCCCUUCCCGCCCGGCACCUCCAUCAGCUUGGAGCAAAAGUGGAUCCUCAACAACGCCUCCUUCGUCGACCUGCCGGAGGCGGAGGUCUGCGAGAAGAAGACCAAGUCCAGUUACAUCAAAUUCAUGGCAAUGCCAUAUGAGGCUGCGCGUAUGGCGUGUGCUGGCGUUGGUGGACACCUGCCCGUGCCCGAAAGUCUGCAGCACGCCCUUGAAAUCAUCGACGUCAUGAGUAAGCCGCCCGUAGUGAAGAUAAUGUGGGUCGGAGCCACGGACCAUUUACAGGAAGGUGUGUACGUGAAGGCUCAUAACCAGGAGGUGAUGGAGUGGUUCAAAUGGGGCAGCAAUGACCCCAACGGCCUGCAGUGGCAGAACUGUCUGGUGAUGGAGCCAGACUUUCUGCACGAUUACCCUUGUCACGUGAAUCGCGAAGCGUUGUGUUUCCUUGCGGAGCAACGAGAGUGGACGCUGAAGGGUCCGUGUGAGGAGGACACCGCCAACUACAAGUACAGCCUGACACACCCUGACAAGGGCCAGCUCGUGUUCCGCGGCUACUACCAGUACGAGAUCGCGGAGGAGGGAGAGGCGUGGUUGUGGAGGAACGUGAUCACGGACACUAUCGUCGCGCGCCUGUCCUUCGCGGAGGCGCGGUGGCCCAUGGGUCGCCGGAACUGGACCAUGGAAAGCGAGGUGUGCGAGAAGAAGGGCGUGCAGGUGCUGCAGCUGAGCUCGUGCACGGGAAAGGAGUACACAUGCAGGGACGGCUCGUGCAUCCCGCGGCUGCAGCGCUGCGACCGCCGCCCGGACUGCCACGACGAGAGUGACGAGCAGGAGUGCCAGCUGGUACGGCGCCCUGUCGGCUACCACCACACGCUGCCGCCGCCCAGCACCGUGGCAGGCUCUCCUCUGCUUGUCGGCUUGAAGAUGAAGCUGGUGAGUCUCUCCCUGAGCGACAAAGACAGCUACCUGGAGGUCACCUACCACCUCAACAUGACCUGGAUUGAUCUCAGAUUGCACUUCUACAACCUCAAGGCCGCGUCCAGACUCAACCAGGUGCCCGUCACUGACCACGGCAGCCUGUGGACACCUACUCUCACGCUGAUCAACGUGCGGGGAACGGAGAGGACGAGGGUGGAUGACGAGGCUGUGCUCACUGUGCACCGGCGAGGCCACCCCCUGGAGGAUGAUCUCUCGGUGCCUGAAGACGCGGACGUUUACUUGGGCGUGGAGAAUCACCUGAGCGUUGAGAGGAAGUACACCUCCCACUUCCUGUGUGAUCUUAACCUGGAGCUGUACCCGUUCGAUAUCCAGAGAUGCUACAUGGAGAUGGAGGUGCUGUCAGCCGCCACGGACUUCGUGAAGCUGAAGGAGAACGUGUCUGACGUGACGUACGUUGGCGCGGAGCUGCUCAUUGAGUACACGGUGGUGAGCGUGGGCCUGACGGUGAACAACAGCCACACGAUGGCGCAGGCGGAGGUGGAGGUGGUGCUGCAGCGGCGCGUCGGCUACCCCAUCAUCUCCAUCUACGUGCCCACCGUCAUCCUGCUCAUUCUGGCCUACCUCUCCCUCGUCUUCCGGCGGGACAACUUCGAGACCCGCGUGAUGUCCUCCCUCACGGUGCUGCUCGUGCUCGCCGCGCUCUUCACGCAGACGUCCACGUCGCUGCCCAAGACGUCGUACUUCAAAAUGGUGGACGUGUGGCUGCUGUUUUCUAUCUCUGUCAUCUUCUUCGUGAUCGUCUUCCAUGUGAUUAUCGACAUGGCCGGGGAGGGGAAGCUGACCGGAGACUUUUCCAGGAUUCCCACCACCGUCAAAGUGACUCCCAUUGAAAUUAAUGAAAAGUUGUCUUCCCCGCCCUUCAGCCCUCCCCUGCGCCCCAAGCCACGCCAGAUGAUGCUCCACAGAUUACUGUCCGCCGGCGGGAACAGUCCCGACGAGAGGAAACGCCUCCUCUCCGAUAAACUGUUCCGACAGGCGCUCAUCUUCAUCCCAUCUUACUUCAUGCUUUUCAACGUCAUUUACUGGAUCUACAUCUUCGCCUGAACGCCUCGUUCUGUGCCCGCCUCCCACUCUCCGGACUCUUAUACUGUAUUCCCUUUCCCAAUGAACAGUUUACUUUAGGGAUGUGGCAGUCUUUGUCGUUUAUCCGUAUAUGUUCUCUCUUCGCCAGUCCCGUCACAGCUUCUCCGGGACGAGCCGAAGCGAUGCCGACGACUGAUGCGAGACUGAAAAUAUUCGUCUGUGGAACUCAGAAUUACGUUUAAAAAGUCAUGUGCAAUUCUAAUUUCGUUAAUCUUUCGCAUUCGCUGGAAUUACGCUUAAACAUUUUUCUUGUCAUCUUUUAUGAGAAAUUGCAUUUAUAUAAGUUUAAUUUUCGUUAACAGAAAAAAAAACUAAUUCACAUGAUGUUUUUUCUAUUCCCAUGUCAAUUAGUAUGGUUAUCGAUAAAAUAUUG